AUGAAGAAAUUGCAGUAUGAGGUUGACAAAAAAGAGUCUGAAAUUACUUCACUAAAGGAAGAACUGAGUGAGACCAGUCUGAACAACAAGUCCCUCGAAAAGAAACUUAAUGCAAGUGGUUGUUUCUCUAUUCUUGAUAAUGUUAAGCUCUCUGAUUCAAAUCCAAAAGAUUUUACAAUGGUUUUGAAUUAUGGGUUGAAAUCUAUAAGGAACUUUGCGAAACUUUUGAUCAGAGAAAUGGAGUCUGCGAACUGGGAUAUCGAAGCUGCUUCAAAUGCCACAGAGCUUGGAGUUAUAUUCAAGAGUACAAAUCACAAAGAUUCUAUGAUUGAGAAGUUCUUGAAGACCAAGUAUCUCUGUUUAGUUCACCCGAAAAUGGAGACUUCAUUUUUCGGGAAUCUGAAUCAGAGAAAGAAAAUCAAUUCCGGAGAGUACCCAGAAACGGAGUUUUUUAAAGCAUUUGCUGAAAUGGCGAGAAGGGUUUGGCUUCGAGCCGUGCAUUAA